GAUAAGGUGGAGUUUGACGAAGCACGUGGCGUGAACUGCCUCUGGCUGCCUUGAAACUGCUGUGUGAUCCGCAGAGCACACACACACGCAUGCAAAGACACACAAGCACACGCACGCACACACACACACACACGAACACACACACACACACACACACACACACACACACACACACACACACACACACACACACACACACACACACUACACACACACACUGUCAUACGGCACGAGAAAGCGAAUAAAUGUAGGGCGCGUGCAGAGGACCAUGAUGACGGACGGGUGAACUACCUUCUUUUUUUUCUCUCUCUUUCAUUUGGAGUAGGAUACUAGCCCAAUCAACUUUUCAAAAAAGAAGGAGCUAACUUGAAACCUUUUUUUAAUCGGUCCGGGAUUGUUAUAAUAGUGCAGUCCAUCAGAAUUUAAGCUUACGUCCUCAGAGUUAUGUCCCGUAAAAAAGGCGUCAAGGGGAGAACCACCACCGGUCCGUCUACCACAGGUGGCUCUGCCGGGAAGUCGAGCGGGAAGGCGGGGAAAGGCUCGAUGACCAUCGGUCAGUCCAACGGCGUCGUCCAUCCAAGCCGACCCGCCUUCAGCUGCAGCAGCGAGUUUUAUGACAUCGCUUUCAAGGUGAUGCUGGUCGGAGACUCCGGCGUGGGCAAGACCUGCCUGCUGGUGCGCUUCAAGGAUGGCGCCUUCCUGGCAGGAAGCUUCAUCUCCACCGUGGGCAUCGACUUCCGGAAUAAAGUCCUGGACAUCGAUGGAGUGAAGGUUAAGCUUCAGAUCUGGGACACCGCGGGACAGGAGCGGUUCCGCAGUGUCACUCACGCGUACUACCGAGACGCCCAUGCUCUGCUGUUGCUGUACGACGUCACCAACAAAACAUCUUUCGACAACACGCGGGCUUGGCUGGCCGAGAUCCACGAGUACGCCCAAGAAGACGUUGUCCUGAUGCUGCUGGGAAACAAGGCUGAUUCAACUCACGAGAGAGUGGUGAAGAAGGAGGACGGGGAGAGACUGGCCAAGGAGUUUGGGGUUCCCUUCAUGGAGACCAGCGCCCGGUCCGGCCUCAACGUGGAGCUGGCGUUCACCGCACUGGCCAAGGCGCUCAGGCAUCGGUCCAGCUCGGAGGCAGACGACAAGUUUAAACUGCACGACUACGUCAGCAAGGAGGUGAAGAGCCCCGGCUGCUGCAGGUCCUAGAGGCUCUCCAGCUGCAAGCCCGUCGUGUGUGUGUGUGUGUGUGUGUGUGUGUGUGUGUGUGUGUGUGUGUGUGUGUGUGUGUGUGUGUGUGUGUGUGUGUGUCAGAGAGAGGUAGACAGAGAGAGUAUGAAUGGGUGACUUAUUGUCCUGUUUGUUCUAUCCCUGAGGUUGUGUUUGUAUCAGAAAGGCGUCACCCUCACAGAGGUACAGGAUUUCCUUGUGCUGGAUUGAUUUCUAUUUUUCUCCCUCUUCAAAAUCUGUGGUUGAAUAAUAUUUCUCUUUCUUUCUGUCACUCUGUCUCCGUCUCUAUCUCUCUCACUCCCCCACACUCUCCCCCCCCCUCUCUCUCCCCCCCCUCUCUCUCUCUCUCUCUCUCUCUCUCUCUCUCUCUCACUCCCCCACACUCUCCCCCCCCCCUCUCUCUCUCUCUCUCUCUCUCUCUCUCUCUCUCUCUCUCUCUCUCUCUCUCUCUCUCUCUCUCUCUCUCUCUCUCUCUCUCUCUCUCUCUCUCUCUCUCUCUCUCUCUCUCUCUCUCUCUCUCCUGCAGUGCUUAUGCUAGGAGUAUGACAUUGUUCUUUCCUACCUGUACAGACUUUUUCUCUUCUCUCUGUAGAUAUAAUUGUAUACUGUUUGAUCAUUGAUUAAGGUUAUAUUUGGGCAUUCAUGACAUUAAUAUUUCACAAGUAAUUGUUGCCAGUCUAAUCAAUGAUGUCUACACAGUGCUCAUGGUCAUUUUCCAUGGAUGGAAGGUGAAUGAAUCUCCCUGAACAUAAAUGCCAUUGUGUAUUUUACCAUUCUGUACUUAAAUCAUUCAUAGACUUCUUGACCAGCAUUUGUCUUAUUUUAACAAACAUUUCCAUGACAAUGUUUGUAUAGUAAAAUAUGACAUAUUUAUUUGAUUAGUCUAUUUGCAUAUCAAAUACAUUUCGGGAAAUAUCUGUUGGACUGUAGUAGUUUUUAGAGAGUAAAGUAGCGAGAAUAGUAUUUGGUACAUGGCAUCUGUAAAAUAAAAUUGAUUUUGCAACUUAAUAUUUUGGCAAAGCAAACCGGUUUUCAUAUUAUGUGUCCUUAACUUAUUCUUUGCUUAAUAAUUUUUUGGCCACUAACUAACUUAUCAACGAAAUACUAAGUGUAAGGUUAGGUUGGGUAAGUGUACAGACUUAUAUAUUUGAUUUAGUAUAUUGUUAUUUCUGGGUAAUAUUUGGAACAGGUCUAAGUGACCUUUAAAGCCUGGCAUUAUUCAUGCCUGAAGGAAAACACAGAGCUUUGGCUUUUUAUCAAUUUUAAUGUUUAAAUGGAGCUUGUGACCUUAAGGCAUUUCAUAUAACUGCGUAUUAAAGCAUUAAAUAUUGAAGAAAAAGUCAUUAUUGAUUUUGAGAUGUUUUAUAUUAAAUGUAGUGAAAUUUGGCUAGUUUUACUUUGCCCUGUAUUAUAUAUAGGCCUAUAUAUGUAUGUAUAGAUAUGUACAUAUACAUAAAUAUAUAUGCAUGGUAUAAUGCGUAAACCUCAAGAUUGCUUCAUGCCAUUAUUUGCUUAUUGUAUUAAUUGUCUGUUAUGAGCCUACCCAAUAAACAUGCAUCUCAUAUUUUAUGAUUUUUUCAUUGUAAGGUGCAAUGUGCUUCUCUAUAAUCACUUAAUGCUAAAUAUUUGCCCACUAACUAAUACCAACAGUACGUGUUUGUAAAUGAGCCGAUAUCCAUCAGAAUAUUGUCUCAUUCUCUGAUCGUAUUCAUUUCAGACGACACUACAAUAAAGAGUGUGCAGUUA